CGAUAUUCACACGUGUCCAUGUUCACACGUUAUCAUAAACUCACCAUUAAGUUAUGUUGGAAUAUAGAAUGUUUAAGUUGCCAUCAUAUGAUAACACAGUCUUCUGUAUUAAUACAGGUCAUUCGUCUUAAGGUGUGUCCAUUAAGCAAAAUUCGAUAAGGAUAUUUAACGGUGUAUGCUUAGACGCGUGUACAAGCAGAAUUUCUGAAAACGAGUCGAUUUUCUUUCAAAAUCAAGGAAGUAAAUAUGGAUAACAGUUUUUGAAAAUAUGAAAUACUAGAAGUUGCGAAACGGAAUUUCUUCAGUAAACAUCAACUAUGGAGUGGAAAUAUUUUACGAUUUUUCUUUAUAUAACAGUGCAGUUUGCAUCUGGGGCUAAUGACACAGGUACAACGUCAACGUUAUCAACAACGUCAACGUUAUCAACAACGUCAACGUUAUCAGCAACCUCAACGUUAUUAACAACAUCAACGUUAUCAAUGACGUCACCGUUAUCAGCAACGUCAACGUCAAAUGCACCAUUAUCGUCAUCAGAAACGCCAACAGUUUCCACCACAGCAACGAUUUCUCUAAGUCCUACUCCUUCAGUUUCAUCUACAACUGUAGCUACGAAACACCAGUCUACGGGAAAUACAGAAAAUUCGAAUACAUCAACCGUAGCUAGUUUGAAUACAUCUUCUACAGCUAGUCCGGAAGCAUCUAAUACAGCAAAUAUUUCACCUACUAUAGUUAUAGUUUCAACGACGUCGACUUCAUUUACUUCUUCACUUUUGGUAUCAAGUUCCUCUGGAGUAGUUCAGUCGUCCGAAAGUACACCAACAUCUAGUUUAGUUGUUUCAAGCAGUUCAGUUGCAACAGCAAGUUUGACUAGCUCUUCUAUCAACUCUUCAAAAACGUCAGCAAGCGUAACAACGACUGUAGCAGUUUCUUCUACUAAUUCUUUACAAACGUCUUCUUCUGUCUCAAUAUCACCGACAUCAACUUUACAUACUUCUUCAUUCUCGUCACAAAUACCUUCUACAAGUAGUGUAGUUGUUUCAUCAACCACAGUUUCCACGUCAAAAAAGUCAGAGACAGUAUCCUCCUCUUCGAUUACUUCUUUACCGCCGUCAACAAGUACUGUAUCGAUUGCACCUACUACAGCAAGUACAACAAGCUCUGCUUCGAUUAAACCUACUAGUACAUCAAAUGUAACACCAAGUUCAAGUGUAACGGUGCCGUCAACAUCAACGACUAAGAAACCAGAAAGCAACGCUUCAAAGGAUAAAAAAUCGGGUCUUUCUUCUGGAGGCAAAGCUGCAAUUGGAAUAUUUGUUACAGUCUUGAUAAUAGCGAUAAUUGCAGGCUUACUUUGGUUAAGGAAGAAAAAAUGGUUUAGAGACGGGACCUCCAUAUCAUCUUCAAUACGAUACAAGCCUUGGAAAUACACGGACGAAGCGUCUGUUGAUAUACACCGGUGAUUGUAGAGGUAUGUUUGGCAUAAAGGAAGUGAAGUGGUGUAAAAGACCGUAAGACAUUGUGAUAAAAGUGUAUGAAUUAGUGUCGACCUCUAGGUUACGUUUUUAUGACCGGCCUUAUUAGAUAAAUGCUUGCGUAAAUCCAUGCUAAUUUUCCCCGCAUUUUUCGAAGAAAAAAGGGGGAUAUACAAAUAGGCUCCGUCCUUCCGUCCGUCCGUCACACUUCGUGUCCGGCCCAUAACUCAGCUAUCCAUAAAGGGAUUUUAAUAUAACUUCGCAUUCUUGUUCCCCGAAAUAAGACGAUGAGACAUGCGCGAGACUCAGACCUCUAGCAUUAAGGUCACACUAAAGAGGUCAAAGGAAAACAGGGUAUAUUUCAUGUCCGGUCCAUAACUCUGCCAUUCAUCAAGGGAUUUUGAAAUUACUUGGCAGACGUGUCAUGCGCAAGAUCCAGAUCCCUAGCUCUAAGGUCAAGGUCACAGAGGACAAAUGUUAACAGGAUCUGUUUCGUGUUGCCAUUCAUCAAUGGAUUUUCAAAUUAUUUUGCACAAAUUCUCCCCAUAAUGGGAGGACGUGUUCUGCACAAGACCCAAACCCCUAGUUAUGAGGUCAAGGUCACACUUAGAGGUUAAAGGUUAACAUGGUCUGUUUCUUGUCCGGUCAAUAACUCUGCCGUUUAUCAAGGGAUUUUAAAAUUACUUGGCACAAAUAUUCCCUAUAAUAAGUUAAUUUGUCAUAUGCAAGACUCAGGUCCCUAGCUCCAAGGUCAAGUUCACCUUUGUCUGGUUUGUAACUUUGUUAUGCAUGGUGUAUAUUCAAAUAACUUGGCACAAAUAUUCACCAUUGCAAAACAUUGUGUCAUGUGCUGAGGUCAAGGUCAGGGGCACCUGAGUUAACGUUCUUAUUCCUUUUUUAUAUGAUAAAGAACGUUAUUAUGAAAUCUAUAUUGAUAGUCCUUUCCAAUUGUCUAGAUGUAGUCACAAAACAAUGCGACGUCGUACACAAUUUACUACGAAAAAUGACUAAAGACUGCAGAUAUUUGCAUUUAUCUUGUCGCCUACAAGUUUCUUGCAUUUCUAUUGGUCAAUAGACGUCACGUGGAGACAAGAUAUAUUCACAAUUCUGCUAGCACAUUUCAGAUAUGAAUUUUGAUUUUAAAAAAUGGCUGCCGCUUUGUUAAUUUACAAAAUAUUAGAUAAUAGCGUGUAAGUAAAGGGUAGUCGGCAAGAUAAAAUCGCUUCGCUCUCGCCUGAUAUGGAUUUCCUCGACAGCGUAUAUCCCGUAUCCUGUCACCAACAAGCAGUGUAACUAAUAAUAAUUACAUUCGCCCUAUUCGUUUUCAUUGAACAUUUUGACGUUCAUUUCGUAUGAACAGCAAAAGGAAAGGCGCGAAAUUUGCGUCAUCGCUGCUUAGUGAUAACCGACCGCUGUUUUGACGACGUCCGCGUAUAGUCACGGAGAACGUUCCUUAGAUGACGUUGCCGUUAUUCCGUGUUUUGAACAGAAUGGAUGGGAAGCUGAUUUUAAUGUUAAAUGCCACAGAAUGUGUGCAAUUUAUAAUAUUAUCUUGUUUACAAAUGGAAAGAAAUUAUAAUGUAAAUAUAAGAAAUGAAAUGAUUUUUUCGGUGUUCAUGCGAAAUGAACGAUAGAAUAGGAUCGGCAAAUUAAACAUGAACGACGAUGAAUCACGAUUCAUGUUUAAUUUGCCGAUCCUAUUCUGUCGUUUAUUUCGCAUGAACACCGAAAAAAUCAUUUCAUUUCUUAAUUGAUUUUUAUACUUAUAAAUAUGGACCCUAGGUCGAUAUCGCUUUUAUCAGGUCGAUAAAUCCACAUACCGACCUCACCAAAAUGCAAUAAUUCUAUAAUACAUGUGUUUUAUAUCAAUUUUCCCACUAUUCUAAGUAUUAAAUUAUGUUUUAAGUAAGAUGAUUGGUAUUGAUAGAUAUAAAAAGCAGUAAACAACUGUAGACCUGUAGAAAUAAACCAGGCACAAGUUAUAAGUUAAUAGUGUGUAUAGGUACUAUGGUUACAACACAUAGGUUGAUUAUAUGUAGUUGCAGCACUGUAUCAAGGCAUUAGAAAUAACCUUUUCUAGUGUGUACUUGCUUAAUAUGAUAAAAUAUUUCAUUACAUUUUUAUUUAUUUUUUUCUUACCAGUUUAAAAAUAGUAUCACAUUAAAUCUUAAAAAUACAGAUAGCUCUAUAAGCAUUUAAAAGCAUUCUCCAGUUAUAGAUUUCCUGACAUUUUCAUAAUGUCUUCAUGAAUGAUAUGUUAGAUAGUUAUGAAUUAUGUACAUUGUUAUGUUGCCGUAUUUCUUUGAAUAUGUUUUAUUUUCAUGUAAUAUACAUGUUUUGUGAAAAAUCUACCUAGGCGGUGAACGUUGGUAACUCUGUUACAAAUUCUUGUUGAAGUUGUAUAUAAUCUCUCAGAAAUGUACAUACAGUGUAUAUACAUGUGAUUAAAAAAAUCCAGAAAUCUAUCACACAGUU